CAAACACAAAUAGGAACGCAACAGCUCACAAACAUGAACUCGCUGAGAAAUCUCCGCCUAUUAGAAUUACAAGCCUCUCCUUUUCUUUCUCUCUCUCUUUAUUUUCAAACGCCAAGGCCACCCACAACAACAACAACAACGAUACCUCAGCUCGUGACCCUCUUCUCUUUUUCCUUUGCUCAUUUUCAUUACACCAAAAGCAUAUUCAAGGAUAGGUUAUACUUGGUCAUUGACAUUGAGGCAUUUGAUUCCUGUUUAUAAGCAUUGAGGACAUUCUCCAAAUGCUAAAUUUUGGCAGGGCCAGAAGUCAGUCAAGGACCAAUAGAUCCAUGUCUCUUGGAGGCAUGGAUUAUCCAGAUCCCAAGAGGAAGAACAAUUUCGUAGGAAAAAUUCUUCUGGCUGCUACCCUUACAGCAUUAUGCAUUAUCAUGCUGAAACAGUCCCCAUCUUUCAAUACCCCAAGCAUGUUCUCCCUUCAUGAAUCAGGGGUAACCCAUGUCCUAGUAACAGGAGGUGCUGGAUAUAUUGGUUCACAUGCUGCAUUUCGACUUCUAAAGGAUUCAUAUCGUGUAACUAUCGUGGAUAACCUCUCACGGGGAAACCUAGGUGCAAUCAAGGUUCUCCAAGAACUAUUUCCUGAACCUGGAAGGCUUCAGUUUAUUUAUGCUGACUUGGGGGAUGCAAAAUCCGUUAACAAAAUUUUUUCAGAAAAUGCUUUUGAUGCUGUGAUGCAUUUUGCAGCUGUUGCAUACGUGGGGGAAAGCACCCUUGAUCCACUUAAGUAUUACCACAAUAUUACGUCGAAUACCUUGGUGGUUUUGGAGUCAAUGGCUGCACAUGGUGUGAAGACUUUGAUAUAUUCUAGUACGUGUGCAACAUAUGGGGAACCUGAGAAGAUGCCUAUUACUGAAGAAACUCCACAGGUCCCAAUUAAUCCGUAUGGAAAAGCUAAGAAGAUGGCAGAAGAUAUUAUCUUGGAUUUCUCUAAGAAUUCAGACAUGGCAGUCAUGGUCCUCAGGUACUUCAAUGUGAUUGGGUCGGAUCCAGAGGGCAGAUUAGGCGAAGCCCCCAGACCUGAGCUUCGUGAGCAUGGACGAAUAUCAGGUGCUUGUUUUGAUGCAGCUCGCGGCAUUAUUCCUGGGCUAAAGGUUAGAGGUACAGAUUAUAAAACAUCUGAUGGCACUUGCAUAAGGGACUAUAUAGAUGUCACUGAUUUGGUUGAUGCUCAUGUGAAAGCUCUCCAGCAUGCACAGCCCCGUAAAGUGGGAAUCUACAAUGUUGGCACUGGAAAAGGUAGUUCAGUAAAGGAGUUCGUGGAGGCAUGCAAGAAGGCAACUGGGGUGGACAUCAAAGUUGAUUUCCUUCCCCGUCGGCCUGGCGACUAUGCUGAGGUCUAUAGUGACCCAUCUAAGAUCCUGCGUGAACUCAACUGGACAGCUCAACACACCAAUCUUCAAGAGAGUUUGCAGGUUGCGUGGAGAUGGCAAAAGUCACACCGUGAUGGGUACGGAACCCCUUUGGUGAUGUAUUCUUGAACGGAACCCCGUUGGCAAUGUCUUUUUGAAAUGGUCACGGCAUUGCAUAGCAUGAAGAUAGACACAAUAUCCCUUGCAGUGCAUGACUCAAGCCACUCUUCUUUAGCUCAGUUAGAAGAGGGGGGGUUUCAGAAUUCCCCAUUAACCAAAAAGAGAAGGCUGAGGGGUUUCAGAAUUAAUAUUAAUUUUUUGUUCUCAUUGUAUUAUGUUUAUUCUUUAGUAAUAGUAGCAACCGCAGCCCAUACUGUGGCCCGAAAAAAAAGGAGCAGCCUAUCUGUUACAUGUAUUCGAAUGAUGAUAUAGUUCAAUAAUGAUGCCCAGGAGCAGUAUAGCUUUUAUCCUA